ACAUUUACUCUUUCAUUACAGCUUAGCCGAGAGUGAGUCCAAAAAAGAAAAACCGCCAAGCGAUAUGGAGGUCAUUACUACUAAACUGCCCCGGCUGACCGUCGCGCCGAAACGCAAAUUGAAACCGGGCGAAACGGAAACUGUCACAAAAUCGCACAAAAUCGUACAAAUGCUGAAAAGCAAAUCUAAUAUCGACUCGCCUACAGAGAUAGAUGAUCAAAGAUCAGAAGCCGAGCCGCCUGAAGCAUUCCCGCUUGAAAAGGACGCGAGCGACGUGGACGAGCAAAAAGAAACAGAUAAAGAAAUGAACGCAUGCAUGGCGAAAUUUGCAAAUAUCGACUUGAAUAACGUUGAUAAUAAUGAAGAUGAUAAGAAGUAUCCGGACUCUGUGAGCCCACCGUUGCAAGAAUUGUCUCCAACGACGUCCGAACCGAUGCCUGUGUAUCAAAAGCCGCAGCGAAAUCUAAUGCCCGUCAACAAGUUGCUAAACUGUUCGGAUAAAAGUGAGGUCGAAAAUGUCGAAGUACCGACCGAGAAGAACGUCGUGCCGGAAAACAUCGCGAAUGUCUACAAAUUUGUAACGUUUGGAUUAGAAAUCAAAAAGGCCAUGGAGGAAUGCCAGAACAUUAUCAACACAUAUAACCAGGACCAGGCGGACAAUGACAAGGCAGACACAGACGGCCCUCUGUCAUUGGACCAGAUCGUCGAAGCUAUGAUGGAUCUUGAGAAGAAUUCACCGGAAACUUUGGAGAAGAUUGAAUCGGAUGAUUUGCAUCUGUAUGUGACUAACGGGAACAAAUUGACUGAGAUUGUUGAAAAUAUGCCGCAGAUUUUAGCAAAUAUGCCCGAAAUUGCGUCAAAACUGUCGGAAUUCGCGAAUGCAAGUUUCGAACUACCCGAAUUUGCGUCCAUAAUGAACAAUCUGCCGGAUGUGAAUACAGAUGCUCAGUUGACGCCGGAAACUCUGAAGCAGAUCCGCGAACUAAAGCUUGUCAAGAGAGAUGGUGUUAAAGUUACUAAGAACACUGCCAAACGCAAAAAUAAACCUAGAGUUAAGUGUAGUGAUAGUGAAGUAAUAGAUCUUAUUUUAGAAUGUAAGGAUAACGUAAAAGAUGAGAAACAAAAUGUAGCCAAGGAUGAUAAAGACACAGCACAAGGGACUGGAAAGGUUGCAAAUUACGUACAUAAAAACGAAAGUCCAAUACUUGCCAAGUAUUUAGAGGAGAAAGAUAUGUCACUUCCGAAGAAUAUUAGGUCUGAAUCGUUUUUAAAGGCUUCCACUCUCUUUGAGAGAGCAGUAAAAGAUGCUCAUAGUAUGGAUGAGUUAAAAAGUGUUAUGCGAUUGAAAUUCAACUUCUGGAAGGAGUAUAUUGCUACAAAGUUAAGAAACAUACCUGUGGAACUGUUGCAGAAUGAAGUCGAAGGUAUGCUCGAGAAAUUCUACACGCACAUCCAAGAAAUGAGCUGUGAACAGACUACAAAGCAGAUCGAUGAUUUGGUAGAUAAAGUAGAAGAGAUGAGAGAUGCAAAGGACAAAGAUGAUGAUGAAGAAGAAGGCUGCCAGGCGGCUAAAGAGUCACUCAGGCAGAUAACAAAAUUGCUCAGUACCUCAGCAGGGAAUACCUUUGAUUUGCUUAUUAUGAAGUUAGCCAACAUGUCUCCAGACAAGAAAUCUUCCGUGAAAAUACUCAAGUUUAAAUAUUAUGAUGUGAUUAAAAGGUGCGCUGAUUCGCAACAAUUGGCUGCUUGGAUCAUGGUGAACCCACAUUUAGCUAUUCAAGUGAUACAGGAACUAACUGGUAUGCCAAUUACUAAAGAAGAACCACCAAAUCAAGGCAAAUUGAUACCGAGCAGCGCCAAAGUAGAUUAUUUCAUGAGCAAAUUGCGUGAAAUGAACCGAAAUUAUAUGAAAUGUAUACCGAAGACUGCACUGUGCGGGGACCAGUGGCUUAUAAUGUUGUUUAAAUUAGAAGAGGUCGAAAGACUACUAAAAGAAUCCUUCCUGAAGAUCAGACAGGUGGAAGUAAAACCUCAACCAACAAAGACGAAUCAAAACCAACCAAGUGAAGCAGAAAUCUUAGCAGCUAAGGGACUAAGUAAAAUUAUUGGGAAGAGUUCAUGUCCAGUGAAAAAAGAACCGCCUAAAGAGAAGCCAGAGCCCAAAAAGAUAGACACGGAUGAUAAGAAAACCAAGAAUGAUGCUUUAUUAGCAAAGUGUGAGGCAAUAUUAACUUCAAAGGAUGACAAGGCCUUACUAGAAAGCUUCUAUACAAUAAAAUCGUAUAUAACUCAGGGUUUACCCGUUCCGGAGACUUAUAAAAAGCAUGUUAUAUCGAUCUGUUGCAGUAUAGAUGCAAGAUUACUCGAUGAAGACAUAGAAGAGACACUGAAAGGGAAAUGUGAUGAUGAGAAGCUUUCAGUGAGCGGUUCACAGAAUCCGGAGCGGCUGACAAAGUAUUCUGCGCAGGCCUUGAAGAAGCAGACACUGAACGAGAUUCCGUUUGAGAACAUCGAUCUCGACGACGAGGCGGGUGAUAAGAAUAGUUGCAAGUAUACAAAUGAUUGUGCGUGUGACAAUUGCAGGGCUUCUGACGUUAGUGAGGAGAAGGCGGCGGAGUGGAAGGCGAGGAGGCCCAUGUUGAAGGCGAAAGCGGUGCAGAAGCCGUCCGAGACAGCUACGCAUCAACAGCACGUGUGCAAAGGUAAUUAAUACAAUAUCUAAUAA